UGAAGAUUUGAUUUUUCUUAUGGCAACGCAUCCACAACAGAACCUUUACUCACAACUGGAACACUUACAAACCAAAUAUGUAGGAACAGGACAUCCAGAUAUCAGUAGACAUGACUGGUGUACCAAUAUGGCACGUGAUUCUAUAGCUACUUACUUGGGACAUCGUUCCUUGUUGACUUUAUUUGCUACUGUGGAAGGAGAGUCAAACGGCAGAAUACGAUAUCACUUGUUAGAAAAACUACAUAGUCCAUAUGGACAAUCUGAAGAACCUGUACUAUCCAAGAAAGAACGCUUGACACAAUGGUAGUUCAUAGUUGAACUUUGUUAAGAAGCUACACUAGUCAAC